AUGGCGACCACCGACCACGACGAAGGAUCGCUCCUCGACCGCGCGAUAGACUGGAAUGGUUCCAUUAGCGACAUGGUUGACAUCUGCUGUGAUCUCGUGAUCGACUUCAACGAGUCGGAUACCGAUGCCGCUGAGGUCGCAGUACGAAAAGUGUGCGCGGUUCUCCUUGAGCGUGCAGAUCUUCCAGAAGUGUUUCGCGCGCAAUACCUCGUCUUCCUGGUGGCGACAGAAGAUGAUGGCGACUGGGCUGCCAUGCGGUCCCAACUGGCAGCCGCAGAGACUGCAGUCGCGCAAGCAUACUGUCCCAUCGCCUAUGAGCAUGCCAAGUGUCUCGACACCGUGAGACUGGCGGAAACAAUUCAGAGCAUUAUCGAACAAGUAGACGCAGAGUUGCUCGCGCCAACAGGCUCGCCUCCGUUCCCACACGACUCCGCGAAUUCAUUCCCGAAGUCCACAGAAGAGGUCGAGAAGAGAGGGAAUGAGCAGAAGGAGAAGGAGAAGCAUGAAGAGGGAAAGAACAAGGGCGAAGAAGACAAGAAGGACGAGCUGCUACAUCAGGCAAGCGAGCCAGCGUUGCGGAGGAGUUCGGAGCUCUGA